UUUUCCCACCGCCAUCUUGGAGACCCCGAGGCCGCGGCGAAUUGACUGGCGCUCCGAGGCGGACCGCCAUGGAAUCAGAGGAAUAAGACGAAACCGUUGAAAAGGUGGUCCUCGCGUCCUUUUGUAAUAUUGGUAGUGGUGUUCACGGUGACGAAAGACAAGAACAAGGAGGCGGCGAAGGAAGAAGAAGACAACUACGCGCUGCCUUUUUUUCCGACGUGGAUUUCUGUUUAUUCUGCAGGAAACGAGCGUCUGGAAUGCUGUGUUUCGUCCCCUUCUGAGCAGAGCUGCCACGGCACCUCAGACUGGAAGCAGGGUGAGGGUGAGGAGGAGGAGGUGGAGGAAGAGAAGGAGGGUGCGCACCAUGUAAAACCGCUAAUAGGACGGAAAGACCCCCGGCACAAGCAGAUAGCUCCCUUCGGCUGCUGUUGGCGUGGAAAGACGACACAAGAUUUUGAUAUUAGAAUUUGUUUGACUUAAAAAAAUGUCGUCAAACUGCACAAACACUGCACCGGUGAGCGCAAGCAAAACCAAGACAAAAAAGAAGCACUUCAUUGGACAGAAAGUGAAAUUAUUCCGAGCCAGCGAGCCCAUCCUCAGCGUCUUGAUGUGGGGAGUGAACCAUACGAUUAAUGAACUCAGCAAUGUGCCAGUGCCCGUGAUGCUCAUGCCAGAUGAUUUCAAAGCGUACAGCAAGAUCAAGGUGGAUAAUCAUCUGUUUAACAAGGAGAAUUUGCCCAGUCGGUUUAAGUUUAAAGAGUACUGCCCAAUGGUUUUCCGAAACUUGCGUGAGAGAUUUGGAAUUGAUGACCAAGAUUAUCAGAAUUCUUUGACAAGGAGUGCACCAUUGAAUGUUGACUCUCAGGGUCGAUUUGGUUCCCGAUUCCUCACCACGUAUGACCGGAGAUUUGUAAUUAAAACCGUAUCCAGUGAAGACAUCGCAGAAAUGCACAACAUAUUAAAAAAGUAUCACCAGUUUAUCGUUGAGUGCCAUGGCAGCACACUUCUGCCACAGUUCCUUGGGAUGUACCGGUUAACCGUGGAUGGUGUUGAAACCUACAUGGUGGUGACAAGAAAUGUUUUCAGUCACAGGUUAACCGUGCAUCGUAAAUACGACCUAAAGGGCUCAACAGUAUCCAGGGAAGCUAGUGAUAAAGAAAAGGCAAAGGAAUUGCCAACUUUUAAAGAUAACGAUUUUUUGAAUGAAGGACAGAAACUUAAUGUUGGAGAGGAGAAUAAGAAGAUCUUCCUAGACAAGUUGAAGAGGGAUGUCGAGUUUCUUGCUCAACUGAAGAUAAUGGACUAUAGUUUACUAGUUGGCAUUCAUGAUGUGGACCGUGCUGAACAAGAAGAAAUGGAAAUUGAAGAAAGGGGCGAAGACGAGGAGUAUGAGAAUGAUGGGGUGGGAAGCAAUCUGGCCACUGGAUCUUUUGGGACGCCUCCAGACAGCCCCGGAAAUCUGCUCAACUUUCCUGGCUUCUUUGGUCCUGGAGAGUUUGACCCAUUAGUGGACGUUUAUGCCAUAAAGAGCCAUGAAAAUGCCCUAAAAAAGGAGGUGUACUUUAUGGCAAUUAUUGACAUUUUGACUCACUACGAUGCAAAGAAGAAAGCUGCCCAUGCUGCCAAAACUGUCAAACAUGGGGCUGGAGCUGAAAUAUCCACGGUAAACCCUGAGCAGUACUCCAAACGAUUCUUGGAAUUCAUGUCCAACAUCCUAUCAUAGUAUUGUCCCCUUCCGUCAUGUGCCACGUUUUUCCUCCCCUUGUAUCUCCUGCGGUUUUGAGAGAUGCAUGAGACUGAAACUUAUUUCAGAAGAGAAAAAAAAAAAAUUGUUUGUUACACUAAGACCAACAGACUGUAGCAGGUAUGUGUGUGAGAACAACAGUAUUUAACAGAUGUACAUUUUUGAGAGAAAAUGGCUGCAUCCCAGCUGCGGAUCUUAGUAAAUGUGAAUGAACCCAGCGCAAGCCUAUCAUGUAUGUACUAAAACCUUUGUCAGCAUUGCCUUGGAGUGUUAACUUGUCACAGUUCUUCAGCGGUAAUCCUCAUUUCCACCCCCCACAGCCGCCCCUGAGCCGAUUGGUGUCCUGACUUGCACAACACACACGUCAGAUUAACAUGUCAGGCCGCGCUCAACAGCUGGAUUUUCAUUGACACAACGUAACGUUCUAAUGCAUGUCUACCAUCGAAAGACACGUAACGCAGUUUAUCCUAGUGACCCACUUGAAACAGACACACUAGUCCUACUUUGGUAAGGUUUUAAUUUUUCUUACAUAUGUUAAGUUGCCAUAUGAUGUAUUUAUAAUUUAAAGAUAAAUGCAACUUUUAUCAAUAAAAUGAAUGCUUAAAAAGGAUUUGAUACCCAUUCAAAAAAAAAAAGGGUUUUAUAUGAAUCAAUAUUUUACAUAUUGUUUACAUUUAACAUGUAGCAUUUUAUUUUUAUAAUUUUUUUUGUUUUGUCAUUUGUAUGCAGUAUUGUUUUGUUGCCAGCAAACAGCAGUAAAGGUAAGUUACUUGAACAGAAAACAUAAAUAAUUCUUACAAAAGGGAUUUCCCCCUCCGUUUUUAUUCCGAUUUAAAUUGUACUCUUCCCAUCCAGUAUGAGAAAGGCCUCUAUGAGUAAUAUUAGGUUUUGCGAGUGCCUAACUUUUAUGUACAGUUUUUUUUAUAUUUGAAGUGGAUAGCAAGGUGCUUUUAACACAAAUAAAACUAUCAUGCCUUGAAAUGUCCUUUCCUUUUGCAAUCUAAUUUGAAAAGUUAGAAGGUUCAACUUUAAUGUGGACAGUACUGGGAUAAGACUUGAGUGAUCAUUAGGAGACAUCUGAAGAAAGAAUUGUGUAAUAUGUGCUAUUCAACUAAACUUGAAAUGAAAAUGUUUAAUUUUACUGUUUAAAAGGAGAUUCAUGUGAUGGUAGAGACCCCCUUUAAAAAGGCAUGACACUUAGUGUUUUAGCACUAAAUGACUCAUUGUGUAUAUUUUAAAUUACCAGUAUGUGUGCCAGAUUAAAAACAAAAGCAAGGACUUUUCUGUCUUGAUCCCGAGCUACGACCACACUACUGCGCUUUCAUUUAAAAACUCGAACUAGUUUCCAUUCUCACCUUUCGUUCACUUUAACUCCCGUCAGGAGACUUUUAAAAGACGCUCUUUAGGACCGUCUGCUUCUGAAAACGAGUGAAAACAGAGAGUUUCAAAAAUACCGACUCUGAUUGGAUAGGACGUGCUCAUUACGUGGCCCUUCCCUGAUUGGACUCUGCUCAUUACAACAUCAUUACCUGAUUGGUCACCCUUCACAGAAAAAAAAAUGAAGUUAAUUCAGCCAAUGUAGAAAAGUUACUUUCUAUGGUGCUUGUUGGGUUGCUUACCUACAUAUGCCUAAAUUGCAGUUUUGUACAGUUUGAAUGCUGCAUACAAGCGCAAAAGGCAAAUAAUUUACCGGUCACUACAGUUUUGCUGGCAUUAUUGCAAUCCUUUGAACAAUUUUUCCACCGAUGUGUCCAUCUCCAGUGUAAGCAAACGUCUAGGUCACCACAUUUUUGGUCAAUUUUGUGUGGGCUGAGAUAUUCAUAAAAAUAUGAAAAACAUUAGUUUGGGCAGAGUCUUUGUUUAAAAAUCAUUUUUAAAUGAAAGCGUAGAAGUGUGGGCACACUCCAUCCAAAAACAUCUUACCCUUGGUAACUUGUAGUGAAGUGGCAAGAAAAAACUUCAAUUUCAUGUUUUCAUGCAGAACAGAGGAAGAUAGAGGGGAUGUUGGGAAAGGUGUGAGGGUCCUGCCAUCAACCCACAAAAAGUUCUCCAUUUAAAUUGGAGGGCUGGAUGGAGGUUAACGCCAAAGGCCAAGAUAGAUCAAUUGUGGGUCAAGGGCCCAACGGAGUAGAAUCACUUCUGGCAUUUACAGGAUUUGAGAUAAAAAAAAUGUAUAUCUGGAUACAUACAAAGUAAGUUUAUUGUGACCAAUGGUAGGUAACAGCAAACAAUGUCAAUUACAUCCACGAAAGUAAUCACAUUACUCGUGUGGCAUGAAGUCAUCCAGUCAUAUGCUCACAAUGUCCUAAACACAUGUAAUAUUAAUAAAAUAUUGGUAAAUAAGUGCUAUUGUGAGUUAAAACAGAACACAGUGACACAAAUAUGGAUUUAAAUUGUAGACCCUCAUGCUCUAUUAACAUUUAUAUUCAUAUCCACCUUGGGAUUACUUAGAGGUGAACAGACCUUCUGUUUGUUGAAGCAGCUCGGAUAUCCACAAGUCCAAAGCCUGCUCUCUGGUCCUGAUUAAUGUUUUUACUUGAUUUUUAAAAAUCUCUCUCUCUUAAAUUUGUGCACCUCUCUCAGCGAGCUUUACACUUUCGCUAUAACCUGAAAUGUAAUGUUAGCCAAUGAGUAAGCGGUUACUGGGCAGGACUCCGGACCAAUGGGUGAGGCAGCCCUUCAGUUCAAACGCAUUUUAGUUCAUGAGAUAGUUUUCCAGUGGUUUAGUUAACAAUAGGUUUAGUGAAAAUUACACUUGUCUGGGACAUUUGGAGUAUGUGACAUGACUAACAUGAAAUUUUUUCUCCAGGGACGUUUUGAAAUUGUUUGCAGUUGUCCAAUGCAGGUCACUACAGACUUGAAUUCUAUCAGAAACUUUUAUCUCCAUUCUUCAUGAAAACAAGAUAAAAAUGUUUUGUCAGCCAUCCCUACAAACUGCACGGGACAUGUAUUUUUAAAGAAAAUAAUUUUUGGGUGGAGUAUUCCUUUAAAUGUUUAUAUUCUAACUGAAAAAAAUGAGCAAAAUAAUACAGGGGCUUUGAUUGUUAAAUUGUGUUAUCUUGGAAAUGGUGGUUUGUGGGAACCCAAAUUGAAAGAACCUUGGGCAGCAUUUGUGUAAUUUGCUUGUUUUUUUUUUAUGGGGGGGCAUAAAUCCUUUUAAUGGGGAGGUAAAGUGCAGCCAAGUCAAGAAGAGUGUGGCUAGGGUUAGACUUCUUGAAGCACAAUCCACAUGGCUCAUAUACUAAAUAUACUUUAUAUAGUGUAUGAAAACAUGCAACUCUAGAUGUAGCACAACGACUUUGUGGUUUGGCUGGAUGUGAUGUUGAAACAAAUGUUCACCAAUAUUGGGCUGCUUUCACUGGCUUUGCUUUUAUAGACUGUGGAAAUCUACUAUUUUGGUAUUUUAAUGUCCACAUUCCCUUCAGUGUUAAAAUUACGCUCUGAAAACAUACUCCCUUUUGGUAUUUUUGUACUGCAUAACAUAAAACUACCAAUGUCAUUGAAGGCAAUGUUUUAGAAGUACUGAGACACCAACAACUCUUGGAAACUACAUUUUUAAGUGUUAUCUGUCUGUAAAUCUUUUCUUCAAUCCUUUAUGACAGGAUAUUUAAAAUAAAACAGGGAAACCAGAUUUUAAGAAUA